AUGUCUUGGGACUUAUUGAGGCGGUUCCUCGAGAGCGAUGUCUUCAACCAGAGCCCUUUCCUCUCCGUGUCGUACCUCUCUCGUUAUGCCGACCACAUAGGAAUCCACUUCGUCCUGUGCAACAAGCUCCGCCAGUUCCCCUACCAGGAUAUCGAGUUCUUCCUCCCCCAGCUAUGCCACCUCGUCAUCAGCGUCGACAAUGAGUCCAUGGCUCUGGAGGAGUUCCUCCUCGACCUGUGCGAAGAGUCGGUCACGGCUGCCCUUCUGGUCCGCCUCUCCUCCAUCCCGACCUUCACCGACUCUUGUGUCUGGCGCUUGUCGCCCGAGCGAGAGGAACAUCUGCUGACGCUUCUAGCAGACCUUCUGGUUGUUCCAAACGCGCACGCUUUCAAGACGUGCCGCCGAGUCUACAACAAGGUUCAGCACGUCGUCUUCGGCCUCUCCGACAGCCCCCGCCACGACAAAAUUACCGAAAAUGUCUUGCCCGUCAGUGUCCUGGGAAGCUUCGUCCUCGCUAGCAUCGCUUGCCCCUUCCUUCCCCAGUGGGCCGGGCCUCUUGCCGUUGCCCAGGCCAGGAAGCCGAGCCCUGCCGUCGAUCCCACCCCCGACCCAGCUCCGACCCAAGUUAAGAACUUGCCUAGCCGGUCACAGACGUUCAAUGCUGGGAGUGGGAGUGCGCGCCCAAGGCGUGUAAAAGACACCCGGGUCGCGAGCGCCUCAGCCUCGGAUCUCAAGGCCCAGCCUGGUGCUGCCCCGCCGAAAUCACCAGCCAAACCCCCUCGAACACCAGGUUCAGGAGCAACGUCUACGGCCACGUCUACGGUUUCCACCCCUCGGGUGGCCAACGAUCCAAAGCGGCCCACCCAUCGUGACCGUGAUAACCUAGCCUUGGAGGCACGCCUUAGUUCGGCGUCGCUGCCAUUGCCGGACCCCAGAUCUCCGAACCUUGUUACGAGACCGGUGACGCCUGUCUCGGCGGGUAUUCGCCCGACAGAGAACCUGUCAAGGAGGCAUUCGCACAAUGUCAAAACACUGUUGAGCCAGGCCGAGUUGGGCUAUAAGCAAAAGACGCGCCUCUUGAGACAGAACUAUUUCCGCAGCCAGACUGCGCUCUUGCAAGCACUGGAGGACAUAUCCAACCGACUGGUUGUAGUGCCCAAGGCGGCUCGUCUGAGCGCUCUCCGCGCCGAGCUAGCACUCAUCGGCCAGGACCUGCCGGCAGAGGUAGACAUCCCAAUCAUCUGCCCCCCAACCCUAGUCGAUGGGUCUCCAUCUCGGAGUCGCCACCACCGUAUAGUGCGGCUCAACCCCGCAGAAGCCACGGUCCUCAACAGCGCCGAGAAGGUACCAUAUCUUCUCAUGGUCGAAAUUCUGCGAGACGACUUUACCUUCGACCCAGAAUCCCAAGACAACCAGAGUCUCCUCACCACUCUGCUAGCCGAGCAGGGAACCUCGCGGAAACGAAUAUUUGACCUGUCCGAGGCUCCAAGGAUACCAACUAUUGUCAGGACCGCCGAACCUCCCGUUGAUAGCGUCUUUGAACCCGUGUCUGGGGAUCUGGGCAGCUCUCCCAUGGUAAAACCCUUCGACGAGACUUCUGGCACAAAAUCGACGCAGGUGGGCCAAGCCGUGCGCCUUUCGAGCGCCCCCACGACAGUGUCGACUAUUUCCGACUUGGCGACACCCCGGAGUUCUGGAGCUUCCACGGGCUCCUCAAGCCCUCCCUUUCGAAAGGUGACCCUGACAAAUCCACGCAAUAGCUCUGUCGACCAGCCGGAUUUCUCGGCUCUAGCAACGCACAUGCGGACGGCCUCGCAGAUGCUCGCCCAGUUGGACGCGACGAGCGGUAAGCGCCCUCGCCAGGAGGUGGCAGCUAUCCGGGCCAAGAUUAUCGCCAGCAUGCAGACUUUGGAAGAGAAGAGCUUUGACGACGGACAAGGGCCGACGUUUGACAUGAUCAUGGCAAAGACGGCGUCUACUAACGAGGCCAACGGGCCAGAACUGGAAGAGGAGGGUGCCAUAGAGGCUGGCCUCAAUCCAAAUGCUGGCAUCGCGAGGAUGGAAAACGACAUCAUGACGGGCGGGCUCCAGAGAAAAGGCGACCGGGACGAUCCCAGUGCGGCCGUGUUCGGAGAGGCCUGGGAGACGAAGAAGGAGCGGAUCCGCAAGACGUCGCCGUACGGCUGGAUGAAGAACUGGGAUCUGGUGAGCGUCAUCGUGAAGACGGGCGCAGACCUGAGGCAGGAGGCGUUCGCCUGCCAGCUGAUCAACGUGUGCCACAAGAUCUGGGUCGACGCAAACGUGCCCGUGUGGGUCAAGCUCAUGCGAAUCCUGGUGACGGGCGAGUCGUCGGGCCUCAUCGAGACUAUUGCCAAUGGCGUGUCGCUGCACUCCAUCAAGCGGAGUCUGACACUGGCCCUGACAGAGUCUGGGCAGAACCCGAGACGCAGGAUUGCGACGCUCAAGGACCACUUCGUCAAGGCCUUUGGGCCCUCGGACGGAGAGCCCUACAAGGCUGGCGUGGACGCGUUCAAGAGGUCGCUGGCUGCCUACAGCGUCAUCUCGUAUGUGCUGCAGCUUAAGGACAGGCACAACGGCAACGUCCUAAUCGACAGCGAGGGGCACAUUAUCCACAUCGACUUUGGCUUCAUGUUGUCCAACUCGCCAGGCUCGGUCAGCUUUGAGGCCGCGCCGUUCAAGUUGACAUACGAGUAUGUGGAAGUUCUGGGCGGCGUCGGAUCGCCAGACUACGACGGUUUCAAGAAGCUCUGCAAGCAGGCUUUCCAGGCUCUUCGGCGGUCCGCGGACAAUAUCGUUGACCUGGUUAGCAUGAUGGGGCGCGAGUCCAAAAUGCCGUGCUAUGGCGCCGGCGUAGCCCAAGUCACUGCAGCACUGCGGCAACGCUUCCAGCUGCAUCUGAGCGCCGACGAAGCCGAGCAAUUUGUGGAGACAGACCUCAUCGCAAAGUCACUAGGCAGCUACUAUACACGACUUUAUGAUACCUUUCAGUACAGGACGCAGGGGAUAUAUUAG